GUUACCACUUGAUGGCUUGUCCGUCAUGACAAAUGGAAAACAUGUUCAUAUCGAGACACCGUUUAUGCUUGCUACACAGUUUUCAGAGCCACCACUUUUACAAACCAGUUGUAUCUUCAGUUGUCAUUAUAGGGCUGAAAUGAUUAGUCGACGUAGGCUGUGUCUCAAUUGGCGUACUUACACUUAGCGUUCGUUUGCAAUAAGCGCAUUUACAAAGAUAAAUACCGCAAAUGCAGAGUAGUACCCGGAUGUUGUACUCAUGGUGAGUACACAGUGAUGGACACGCCCUACCCUCAAUAGUCACCAUCUUGGCUAAUUAGCGGAAGAGGUGGGACUAAUAUGAAAUAGGGCGGCUGAGGAGCUACCCCGAGGUGGAAAGUAGUGAACAUUGUAAGUUACAUGCUUCAUAAAAAAUGCAAAUGGAAAAGGAAUAAUAAAUACAUUUUAUUUGAUUUUAAAAUCGAGAAAUAUGGGCGGAAAAGCCUGGCAAGAUAUUUCAUCGGGCAAUCCAAAUGUUGGGUGGUUGCAAUUCACCAUUAAAAAAGAGAGAAGAACAAGAAGCAGCCUAUCCAAAGGAGAACCCUCAGCUUUUCUGCCAAUACUGAGCUUCGUUCUCACCACCUUCUCGUCACCUUUUGCUGAGCAACUUGUGAUAGAUGGGCUGGAGCUGACAAGCAAAACUGACCUGAGAUUCAUAGACACUCUCUAUAAGAUUCUACGAGAUACCUUCCACUAUAAACCCAUCCUCUCCAAGCAACAGUUUCUUCAGAGGGGUUUCCCUCAAAGAAAAAUUGCCGCAAUUUGUGACGUCAUUGACUUGGUCCUGCAAAGACACAAUGAGGUGAAAAAGCCCAAAGUUAGAUAUCGUGGAUCACACAAGGAUGUCAGAAGAGAAGCUCAUCCACCAUUUACCAAGCCGUAUAUUGUCUGUGACAGUCCUCUUGUUGUGAAUCACAUGCAAAUAGGGGAAUCGCUGCCAUGUCACAGCGGAAUGGAACCCUCGCAUGAUGACGUGCACUCAUCUAAUUCUCCUGAAAAUGUGACAAACCAGCUGGCUGAAAAGGAACAGAAGGAGGAUGUUGCCUUUUUAUCUUCCAAUAUUGAGCAACGGCUUUCUGCAUUGGAAGUUCAAAUUGAGAGUCUUCUUUGUGGUCUUCAAAGGCUCAGUGCCCUGGAGGAACGUCUGCAGGAGCGAGAGAGCCGAAGUAACUCUGAAAAAAAGGAAGAAGUCAUCACAAUAUCUAAGGAGAGCUGGGAAAAUCUUAACAGUAGAGUCCUAUUACUGGAAACUAAACUGGAACUGGACCAUGCAAAGCGGAGUGUUCUUCCAACAUGCCAGCCAUCUGCCCCAUCCCACUAUGUCAGCUCCAUGUCUGACGCUUCUCAGGAUGAUUUAAAAGACAGACUACAUCGUAUCACCAACAUGCUGAAGAGUACCUCCGAGUACCUCUGAUGAACAACACAGAAUCCUCCACAAAAAACGGAUCCAUUGUUUAGGCUUUUUUUGUAAUACCAUAACGUUCCAGUAUUCACAGCAGCUUGAUUGUUAACACAUCACUCUGUGGCUUGAUCUUUUAGCUUUGGUGGAUCAUUAUCUUUUGUGAGACUUAAAAGGUAUGGAUGUACACACAAACAAGCAGUUGGCGAUGGGUCACAUUUUCAUUUAGCAGAAUUCCAAAAAGCUAUAAAAUAGAGUUUAUAGAUUCUGUAAAUGGAAAUAUUUCCGGUGAUGCUGUACAGUACUGUUGUGCUUCAUUAACUUGCAGAUGAUGCAUUUAUUUGCACUGUGUGCUAUGUUGAACACUCACUCAUCAAGCACCCGUGGGGCACCUCCCUAAUAUAAUGGUAGGGAUAGUAUGCCAUAUUUCAUGCAAUGCCACCACUUUAUGCAGUUUAUUCACAUUUUUUACACUCUUAGUUGAUAAUGUUUAAUUCAUUGGAAAUGUCCACAUUUCCAAUGAAUAUUAGACAUUGUACCAUGUUCCGUACAUGACACAAAAUAACGCCAAUGGUACAAAAUAAUGCUAGGUUUUACCGAUUCAUUUUGUGUGACUUGCUCUUCCUUUUAUUUCUUUUACUCGAUGAUCGUUGUUGCCGGACUGUGAAUAAAUAUGAAUAAAUUGUUGA